GUAACGGGUGCACCAUGUAUUUUCUACCACUGACUGUGAGUCGAUGCGGCAUCAGAGUUUUGCAGCACAGCACAAAGCUCAGAAUGACUAUACUGAAUAGACUGGACAUUUCAUCUAAAAGCUGUUCAAGCUCUGCCGAGAACAGAACUGAUCUAAAAUGGGAUCUAAAUCCGGAGCAGAUUAGACAAAGGACAGAGAAGCUAAUCCAUAAAAUAAAGAAUGCGUAUGACUCUGUCGCUGCUGUGGAUGUGAGCCAGGUGUGUUAUGAAAACACACUGCAGGUGUUAGCAAAUGCUAAACUGGAUUAUGCAGGAUCCCGACACAUGCUGGAUUUCCCUCAAUAUGUCUCCCCUUGCAAAGAGGUGCGAUCAGCGAGCACUGAGGCUGACAAGAAGCUGUCUGAGUUUGAUGUGGAGAUGUGCAUGAGAGCAGAUGUGUUCCAGAGACACAAAGCUCUGCAGGAAAGAAAAUCUAAUGACCUAUUACCUGAGUCAAAGAGGUUCUUGGAAAGGUUAAUCAAGCUGGGUAGGCAGAAUGGACUGCAUCUCUCUACAGAAGUACAAGAGGAGAUCAAAAAACUCUCCAAACAAAUAAGUGAACUGUCAAUUAUUUUCAACCAGAAUUUAAAUGAAGACAAUACAAUUCUAAUCUUUUCUCCAGAGGAACUAGGUGGCCUUGCAUAUAGCUACUUAAAUGGACUGGAGAGGACUGCGGAUGGGCAGUACACGGUUACCCUGUCAUACCCUCACUAUUUUCCCCUGAUGAAGAGGUGCCAUGUUCCAGAGACCAGGAGAAAGAUGGAGAAAGCCUUUCAUAGUCGGUGUCAAGAGGUGAACACAGAAAUACUUGAACAGCUAAUUGAGUUGCGAGCAAAGAUGGCUAAGCUUCUUGGCUUUAGCAACCAUGCUAACUAUGUGCUGGAGAUGAACAUGGCCAAGAAUUUCAAUAAUGUGGCUCGCUUUCUUGAUGAGUUCUAUGAAAAACUAAAGCCAGUGGGCAUGAAGGAGCGACAGUAUCUCCUGUCACUCAAACAGGCCGAGUGUCAGAGGCGGGGCCUGAACUUUGAUGGAUUGCUGAAUGCGUGGGACUUGCCGUACUACAUGAACCAGGUGGAACAGGUGAAGUUUGCAGUCGAUAAAGACAAGCUAAUCGAGUACUUCCCGUUGGAGGUGGUAACGGAGGGUCUGCUUGGAAUUUACCAGGACCUGCUGGGUCUCCGCUUUAUGGAGGUCCAAAAUCCACAUGUGUGGCACGAGAGUGUAAAGCUCUACAUGGUACUGGACUCCACAACUCAUGAGGAAAUAGGACAGUUUUAUUUGGACCUGCAUCCAAGAGAGGGGAAGUACAGCCAUGCUGCGUGCUUUGGCCUUCAGCCAGGCUGCCUUGGGCCCGAUGGGAACCGCAAAGUCCCAGUGGCUGCCAUGGUGGCCAACUUCACCAAGCCAACACGCAACUGGCCCUCUUUGCUGCAGCACCAUGAGGUGGAGACUUUCUUCCAUGAGUUUGGUCACGUCAUGCACGAACUGUGCUCCAGGACUCGCUAUGCAGACUUCAGUGGUACGCUGGUGGAGACGGAUUUUGUUGAAGUACCCUCACAGAUGCUGGAAAACUGGGUGUGGGAGAAGGAGCCGUUGAGAAGGAUGUCUCGCCACUAUAUAGAUGGCAGCCAAAUCCCUGAGGGCAUGCUGGAUAAACUCAUCGCCUCCAGAACAGCAAACACUGGGUUAAUGAACCUCAGGCAGAUAGUCCUCAGUAAAGUAGAUCAAGUGCUCCAUACGAAGGCUACUGCUGAUACUGCAGCUGAGUUUGCCAAGCACUGUAAGGAAAUCCUGGGAAUCCCAGCCACACCAGGAACAAACAUGACUGCCAGUUUCAGUCAUCUUGCAGGAGGCUAUGAUGGACAAUAUUACAGUUACCUCUGGAGUGAAGUCUACUCCAUGGAUAUCUUCUUCAGCCGCUUCAAGAAAGAGGGAAUCAUGAAUCCAAAGGUGGGUAAGGAGUACAGAAAAGUGGUCCUAGAGGCUGGAGGCUCAGUGGAUGGGAUGGACAUGCUGAAAAUUUUUUUGGGCCGUGAGCCAUGCCAGGAUGCUUUCUUUCAGUGUAAAGGACUGACGAAUCCAAACAUUGUUUAACUUUCACUGUAGCAUCAAAGAUGUUUAAUUCGAUUUAGAAAGGACUGUUGAAAGUACCACACCAGCAGCCAUCUCAGCAGCACUACAUAUAUAGGGCACUUUUGUCAGAGCAGCAGAACGGAGGCUACAGUUUUAUGUGGAGAUUGCUAAAUGACAUGUAAAAGACUAAAAGGCAAGACAAGGAACAAUAUUCUGUGGCUAAUAUGAUAAAAAUUACAUUUCUUCGGCAGAACAGAAAGCACUAUGUUUGCUGUAAAACACCCACUACCAGGGAGACAGAGACACAGAUCGAGGAUCUACUAUGAAGAAUCUGCUCAAAUCCAUGUGUGCAAAUGUUAAAAUCAAGUAAAUGCAAGUAGUGCACUUAAAUUUGUUACGGAAUGUCAUAUUUAAGUUUAUUUCCAGUUGAAAAUGUUUUUACUUUUAAUUGUAUUGGAUAGUUAACCAGGAUACCCUAAAUUAAUAUUAUGUAUUUGUAAUAUUAAUACAAGACAGUAAGGGCUGUUGUCACAUACUUGAAAACAAUUGUGAGCCAAAAGUGCAGAAAAUAAACUGAAUUUAUAAAGAAAAUUAUUGUUAUUUUGAGUAUU